AGCCUGCAAAGCUCUGCCUCCCUCCUCUCUUCUCUGACCUCCUCACUGCCCCUGUCUUACUCACUCUGCUCCAGCCACAGUGGCCUCCUUGCUAGCAGUUCCCUCCCCAACACGCCCGGCACAGUCCCACAUUCCCGCCUUGCUCUGGCUUCCGCUGUGGCUGUUUCCUCCCCGCAGAACACUCCUGCCUUCCUCACCGCCAAGUCUGGACUCAAACCUCACCUCCUCAAGAGGCUUGCCCAGACCGCCUUUUAUACUCUGCAAACUGCCUCCCACUGCCACCUGCCCCCUUACUUUUUGUGGCCUUGACCUUUCAACAUACUACAUGAUUUGCUUACAAUACUUGUCUGUCUUGCCUUCACCAGAAUGUAAGCGCUCUACAAAGGCAGAGGGAAGGCUAUCUUGCUCUCUGAUGUAUCCUCCAGCCCUUAGAACAGUCCGUGGUACUUAGCAGGUUUUCAGUACAUCUGUGCCCGGCGAUGGAAAGAAUGAAUAGUGAGACCGAAGAUCGCGGCCGUAAGCCUCUGGGCACGGGUGCCCCGGAGCCUGGCGGAACGCUCAGGGAACUACAUUUCCCGUGAAGCUCUGGGCGCAGAGGGCCGCGGGGGCUGCCGGGAAAGGCAUACGUGCUUAAUCCUGGUGCAGGGGGCGAGCAUGGCCGCUCCGCGAGUGAGCACCCCCAGCUCUUGCCUGGUUUCCCGGGACACUAGGGUGGGGCCUGAGGAGUGGAGUGGCAGCUGACCCUGUCUGUGCCCCUAGUAUUCCCACUUUCCUGUGCGGUGCAGCAGUAUGCCUGGGGGAAGAUGGGUUCCAACAGCGAAGUGGCGCGGCUGUUGGCCAGCAGUGAUCCACUGGCCCAGAUCGCAGAGGACAAGCCCUAUGCAGAGUUGUGGAUGGGGACUCACCCCCGAGGGGAUGCCAAGAUCCUUGACAACCGCAUCUCACAGAAGACCCUAAGCCAGUGGAUUGCUGAGAACCAGGACAGCUUGGGCUCAAAGGUCAAGGACACCUUUAAUGGCAACCUGCCCUUCCUCUUCAAAGUGCUCUCAGUUGAAACACCCCUGUCCAUCCAGGCACACCCUAACAAGGAGCUGGCAGAGAAGCUGCACCUCCAGGCUCCGCAGCACUACCCCGAUGCCAACCACAAGCCAGAGAUGGCCAUUGCCCUCACCCCCUUCCAGGGCUUGUGUGGCUUCCGGCCAGUUGAGGAGAUUGUAACCUUUCUAAAGAAGGUGCCUGAGUUUCAGUUCCUGAUUGGAGAUGAGGCAGCAACACAUCUGAAGCAGACCAUGAGCCAUGACUCCCAGGCUGUGGCCUCCUCUCUGCAGAGCUGUUUCUCCCACCUGAUGAAGAGUGAGAAGAAGGUGGUGGUGGAACAGCUCAACCUGUUGGUGAAGCGGAUCUCCCAGCAAGCGGCUGCCGGAAACAACAUGGAGGACAUCUUUGGGGAGCUUUUGCUACAGCUGCACCAGCAGUACCCAGGUGAUAUCGGCUGCUUUGCCAUCUACUUCCUGAACCUGCUUACCCUGAAGCCUGGGGAGGCCAUGUUUCUGGAGGCCAACGUACCCCAUGCCUACCUGAAAGGAGACUGCGUGGAGUGCAUGGCGUGUUCAGACAACACAGUUCGUGCUGGCCUGACACCCAAGUUCAUUGAUGUGCCAACCCUGUGUGAAAUGCUCAGCUAUACCCCUAGCUCCAGCAAGGACAGGCUCUUUCUCCCAACACGGAGUCGGGAAGACCCCUACCUCUCAAUCUAUGACCCCCCUGUACCAGACUUCACCAUUAUGAAGACGGAGGUCCCUGGCUCUGUCACUGAAUACAAGGUCUUGGCACUGGACUCUGCCAGCAUCCUCCUGAUGGUACAGGGGACAGUAAUAGCCAGCACACCCACAACCCAGACACCAAUCCCUCUGCAACGUGGUGGCGUGCUCUUCAUUGGGGCCAAUGAGAGUGUCUCACUGAAGCUUACUGAGCCGAAGGACCUGCUGAUAUUCCGUGCCUGCUGUCUGCUGUAAAGGCUGCAGCCUCCCCAGUUCUUCUCUGCCAGCCACCCUAAAUUCCAGCCAACCUCACCUCCUCAGGCCCAGCUUAAGCCCCCUUCCUUGCUCUGGACCCCUUAGGUAUACCCUGGAAGAGCUGGGGUGGGGGAGGAGGGAGCGUGAAGGUAGUGACUCCUGAACACACCCAGGUGGAACCAUCUUUGGGGAGGAGAGGCCCGUGUGAGGGGUCUGAUACUCCCUUUGUCUUCCCUCUGUACUCCUCGCUACACCUGAGCCAGGCUCUUGCCAACUGUGUUCCAGCCUAUGGCUUUAGGCUAGCUGUUAAAUAUGUGACCCAGCAUUAGCUCAGCAUCUGUCAGAGCAAGAGACCAGGUAAUUUCUAAGAACAGGGUUCUAGCGCUGGGACUGCCCAUUUCCUCAGCUGCAGAGGAGGAAAGGGAAAGGGUAGGCCUGUAGACUAACGCUGUUUACACCCUUGUUCUGUCAAAGCAAUUAAAGAUCACUUGUGUUGAGGCUGUGGGGUAAUGAGCACUCAGUCUUUGGGGUACCUGUUCCUAAAGUGGGCCAAAAGAGCCCUCCCUACAUGAUGCCCCAGUUUUUGCUUUAUUCCUAUUUCAUACAGCUUCUCGGGGGGGUGGGCAGGCUACAUUCCAGAACACUGGUAUGGGAAGGAGUGGGAGAGGAAGCCAGCUUUGGCCUCAGAGGCACAGCUUGCAAGCAGGCCUUGGGUCUGCCCAGAGGCACAGCUUGCAAGCAGCCCUACAGAGAAGGUGACUCAAAGGAUACACCAGUCACCAGUGCAAGACUCUUUGCUCCUGUUUUUCUCUUUUUUUUUUUUUUUUUUUUUUGAGACAGAGUCUCGCUCUGUAGCCCAGGCUGGAGUGCAGUGGCACGAUCUCGGCUCAUUGCAAGCUCCGCCUCCCGGGUUCACACCACUCUUCUGCCUCAGCCUCCCAAGUAGCUGGGACCACAGGCGCCCACCACCACGCCUGGCCAAUUUUUUUGGUAUUUUUAGUAGAGAUGGGGUUUCACUGUGUUAGCCAGGAUGGUCUCGAUCUUCUGACCUCAUGAUCCGCCUACCUCAGCCUCCCAAAGUGCUGGGAUUACAGGCGUGAGCCACCACGCCUGGCCCGGCUCCUGUUUUUCAACUGGCCCUAGAGGAGGGGUCCACAAACCAGGCUGGCAGGCCAGUUCUGGCCAUACCUGUUCAUUUCCUUACUGUCUGGCUGCUUUCAAGCCACAGUGGCAAAGUUGAAGAGUUGCACUAGACUGUACGGCCUGCAAAACUGAAACCAUUGACUGUCAACCACUUCUCUACAACAUACUCAACCGUUGCAGAUUACAGGGACUCAGGAACCGAAUUAGACAAUUUUCAUGGCGAGGAGAAGCCCAGUUAGCUUUCCUAAACGGGCAGGAAGUGUGAAGGAGGGAAUCUCCUGAUGCCCUGCUCCAGGGGUGGCACACACCUGCAAGAGGCUGUCGGCUGUCUGCUGCUGCUGAGGUUUCUGACCUGCAAUCGUAGAUCCUGUCAACACAGACUAAUCACUGAGUCCACUGGCUCCUUCCUGUGGGAUAAAGGUUUAAAUUCAUGCAGAAGAAUCUUUCUGGGCUUCUGCCCACACUAGAGCCCCUGUACAAUGGAGUUCCAGGAAACCACCUUCAAAAAUCUCCUGGGUUUUCUUGCCUCCAAAUUUUCUUCAGCUAAAAAACAAUAAAGAUGAGCUGGAAAGAAAAGGUCUGCUAAAGGGAACCCAUUCUACAGAAGUGACUUGCAAGAGCCUAUUUCACUCAUGCUGUCCAGUGAAACAGGCCCGAAAGUGGUGCCCAGUGGGAACAGCAGAAAGGGGAGGGAGUUUCCAGAAGGAAUUGCUGUAGUCAGCUGUUAAGCUAUUUCUUCAUUUCAGGAUAUCCAGGAUAUUCUUAACUUUUAUUUUUUUGAGACGGAGUCUCGCACUGUCUCCCGGGCUGGAGUGCAGUGGCGCGAUAGCUCACUGCAACCUCCGCCCACUGGGUUCAAGCGAUUCUUCUGCCUCAGCCUCCUGAGUAGCUGGGACUACAGGCGCCUGCCACCACACCCAGCUAAGUUUUUGUAUUUUUAGUAGAGACGGGGUUUCAGUAGAGACGGGGUGACAGGAUCUACAAUUGCAGGUCAGGUCAGGUUGGUCUCAAACUCCUGACCUUGUGAUUUGCUUGCCUCAGCCUCUGAAGGUGCUGGGAUUACAAGCAUGAGCCAUUGUGCCUGGCCAAGGCCUUUAAAAUCCACUGCAACACAGACACAGCUCAACUAGUGUGAUUGCAUUUAUUCUUAUAAAUGUACAGAGCUGUAGAAGUGCAAGCCAAGAGUUCUAUAGAGUAGUACAUAAACACCAUAUGGUACCACUCCUGCUGGGAGGUAAGCCUGGAUACACCCCUCUCCUCAGGAAACUGUCACCUGCAGAACACACAGCACUCAGAAUUAAGGCAGUUUGGCCCUGGGCACAGUGGUGGUAUUUUGGUAUGUGGCCACUGGCCCUAAACAACUGACCAUUUCUACCCUGCCUCACUGCACUGUCCCACCAGGUCCCUCCAGCUUUUUCUAAAAGGUAACACCCUCCUACAUGGGGUCAGCCAGCUCAGAAACCUCUUCUUCAGGGACAGUUGCAGCUGAAUAUGCCAGAGCUGAUUAUUACAGCAACGAUGCAGAGGGCCUUGGUUUUGGGGUCCUGCCACCCUCACCCCUAGAAGCUGCUAAACACCCAGGCCAUUCUGCCCUGACCACCUCCCCAACAGAGAUGUAGGUCUAUACUUACCUUCCACAGCCACCUCCCAGCACACACUGGGUCCCUCUACCUGUGUUGCUGUCUUUCUUUACACUGUGCUACAUUUGAUCCCUUUCCACAUGUGCACUUCACCUCUGCAGACACAAGAAAGGCCUGGACAUGGUCUCUGCAGAUGGGGAAGGGGUUCUGGAUGGAGAUGUUCUUGAGCUCUACAAGCAUUUGCACAAAGUGCUCAGAAUGUUGGCCACCUGCAUAGAGCUGCAGAGUCCCAUUCCAGAACAGAGUAACCAUCUGCCUCUCUUCCCAAGACCCCAAGCUGGCAUGACUCUGGUCUCUGUCCUAUCUCUCUGCUGUGAUGCUGCUAGCUAGUAGAGUAAGUCAGCCCCCAGAUACUAUAUAUUCCUCUCAACCUUCCAUGGUUUGAGAAAAACACAAAGAUAGAUGUCCAUCAAGCACUCACAGGAUUACCAUCGUAAGGAUGGUUGUCAGACAAAUAACAAAUAAGGCCGUAUCUUUUUAUUAGACUUGCUCAUCUUCUAGUCACCCCUUGUGGUAGAGCGAAAAGAGUGUGUUGUCCCUCUCAUGCCUCUAGCGGUCACAGGACACUGAGUAAAGCAAGAGACUGGAUACUUUCCCAUGUAGAACCUAUACCCCAAUCCCGACUAUUGGGCUGGGAACCCUGUCUAUGCCCAUUCAAAGCUCACCAUGUGGGAGGACUGCUUGGGCCUGGGAGGUUGAGGCUGCAGUGAGCUGUGAUUACACCACUGCACUCUAGCCUGGGUGACAGAGACCAUGUCUCCAACAAAACAAAGCAGAACGCUCACCAUGGUUCUGAGUUAAGCCAAAAAACAAAACAAAACCUGUUGGAAAAAUUCUAGAAAGAGGCUUGGUAUAGAGUAUAGCAAGAUAUACUCUCCAAUUUGCGGGUAGGGGGUGUCACAGCAGAAAUUAUGCCUAUUUCUGCUGUUUGGGCUGGGGGCUGAAAGAGGCUGUGUCACACCCAGAGGUCUGCUUAAAGCCCAAUCCUGAGUAUCCAGUAAGGCCUAUGCUGUGACCAGAAGAAUCUGGCAAUAGAAUGGUCCAUGCUGGAGUGAAGGGAGGCCCUCUACACUGGUGGACUGAUUUCCUCAGGUAAGGGUCUAGGAGCUGGCUUAGGUCUCUCUUACCCUUCCUGUCUGUAAGCCUCAGUCUAGGACAAAGCCCACACAGAUGUAUACCCACUCUCACGAGUCCAUUGCUACUUCUCAAAAGUUUAAAAAGUAAACAAAUAGGAAGGCACCGGACUGCUCCCUGUAGCUCCCUCUGC